AAAGAGAACGGAGACAGCAAUUAUGUUUAGUUGUGGCAAACGUCGCUGGUCUUCCAUGGAGGUGUCCCUGAGUGUGCUGUGCGCUGCCCUGCUGGUGGUGUGUGUGGCCUUGCAAAUCGUCGCCUGGGCUGCCCUGCACCCUGACUCGGGCGUGGGAAAACCGCAGCCUACUGACACCAGCCUCAGAGGGAGAAUGGUCAUCACAGAGGGAGCUGUGUUCGCUGAAGACCUCAAAGACAAACAAAGCCUUCAGUUCAAAGCCCUGGCUUUCGAUAUACAGCAGCUGAUAUCUGAGGCUUAUGGCAUUAGCCAGCUCAGUGAUGAAUUCAAGGCCUGUCAAGUUUUGGAUUUCAGCAACGGCAGCGUGGUGGCGACCUUCAGCCUAGACUUCCAUCAGAGCGUGGAGGCAAAGGAGGCAGAGCUUGAGCUGGUGGCUGGUCUCCUGGGUGUCGGAGUCUGUGGGCCAUAUCAGAUGGCCUGUGGUGACGGCGUCACGUGUGCGCCCACAACGCUGUUCUGCGAUGGAGUUCCCAACUGUCCCGAUGGCUCCGAUGAAAAUCACUCCCUCUGUGCAACAAAAUGUGAUGGGCAGUUCCUUCUCAUUGGCUCUUCGGGGUCCUUCCACUCUGACAACUUCCCGCUCCCUUACACCAAUGACUCGGUCUGCCGCUGGAUUAUACGAGUACCGAGAGGACUGGCGAUAAAGAUUGAUUUCUCAUCGUUUCACACAGAAGAGGAAAGAGACACCCUCCAACUGUAUGAGGGUGCUGGACGAGACAAAAUACUGAUGUAUACUCUGUCAGGGUUGUCCCCAGGGGCAGUGUGGCUGUUCUCUGACACGGCCACAGCACAGUUCUCCUCUGAUGACAUCAACCAUCUACCAGGCUUCAAUGCCUCAUACUCCUCAUACAACAUAAGCGACAUCUCAAACGAAGAGAAGAUAAACUGCUCCUUUGAGGAUAGUAUGUGUUUCUGGAGACAAGAACCAGAGGAUGAUGGGAACUGGAUACGCACCAAUGCGCCUACCUUUCCUCCACUCACUGGCCCAGACUUUGACCACACCAUGGGGAAUCUAUCAGGUUACUACAUUGUGACUCCUACAAGCCCUGGCCAAUGGGAGAAGACCUUCCAGAUACACAGCAUCCCUCUGACUCAUGAAAAUGACUCUUCAUGUCUCAGGUUCUGGUACCACAUGUACGGGGAGGAUGUUCGUCGCCUCAGGAUUCUGCUACAGAAGCGACCGGAUUCCGCGGGCGGGGAUGAGGCUCCAGUAACAGUGGUGUUCCAGAAGGAAGGCAAUUAUGGGAACAACUGGAACUACGGCCAGGCCACCCUCCAAAACACAACCAACGCAACAGUGGUGUUUGAAGCCCAGAAGAGAGGAGGGAUGAGGAAUGAUAUUGCCCUUGAUGACAUCAGCAUGACCACGGGUCCCUGUGACGGCGACCCAGUGGAACCUACAGUGGUUCCCACGCCAACGACGCCUCCACCUGUUCCCUCUGAUUGUGGAGGUCCGUUUGACCUCUGGGAGCCCAACUCAACCUUCAGCUCCCCUAACUACCCUCACUCCUACGGAGACGGUGCCAACUGCAUGUGGACUCUACAUGCCAGGGAGGGAUGGAACAUCCAGCUUCACUUCCUGGAUUUCGAUGUGGAGGGAACCUAUGACAUGGUGGAGGUGAGGGAUGGAGCUGGACUGCAGUCUGAAUUGCUCGGGGUUUUCUCUGGCACCAAAGGCCCCUCUCCAGAUGUGAUCUCCACAACCAAUCAGAUGACGGUGAUGUUCUUCACAGACAGCUCAGGGUCUGGAAGAGGCUUCAAUGCCAACUUCACCACUGGCCUGAGGCUGGGCAUGCUCGAGCCCUGUGCAGCAGGGCGGUUUCAGUGCAGCUCGGGAGAGUGCCUCUCCAACAACAGCGUAUGUGACGGGCAGCCAGACUGCCCUGACGCUUCAGACGAAGCGCACUGUGUGCAUCUCGUGGCUGUGAAUGGCUCCGGUGACAGCCGUGUUCAGUUCCAGGUCCACACCUCCCGCUACACCGCCUGUGCAGAGAAUUGGACAACCCAGUUGUCCAACCUUCUGUGCCACCACCUGGGCUACAGGUCAGGAAACGUCCUGCCUGUCCCUGCCUUAGCCGAGGACUCCCCCUUCGCCACAGUGCAGAAUACGGAUGACGGAUCCUUUAAAUUGGCAUUCAGUGAAACAUGUGCUGGGAAAGAGAUUGCAUCUCUGCUCUGUGACAAUCAGCCUUGUGGUUCCCGCCUGGUCGACAACGGGACCGUGUCCGGGAGAGUGGUGGGAGGAGUCGACUCUCAGGAAAAGGCGUGGCCAUGGAUCGUGUCUCUUCAUUGGAGGGGCCGUCACGUGUGUGGAGCUUCGCUAAUUGACAAUGAGUGGCUGGUCACUGCAGCGCACUGUGUCUAUGGGAAGAACAAUCACCUGUCCUACUGGAAAGCAGUCCUGGGCCUACACUCCCAGGAUGCACUGAACUCCAACCACACACACACCGUCAGCAUCGACAAGAUAAUCAUGAACAAACACUACAACAGGAGGACCAAGGAGGCGGACAUUGCAAUGAUGCACCUUGACACACAUGUUAACUUCACAGAUUACAUUCAGCCUUUAUGCCUGCCAAGGAGUAACCAGCAAUUUGAGGCUGGGAGGAACUGUUUGAUUGCUGGAUGGGGAAGGGUGGCAGAAGGAGGCUCAGUCGCUAACGUGUUACAGCAGGCUGCGCUGCCCCUGGUGGACAGGUCAGAGUGCCAGAGACUGCUGCCAGAGUACAACAUCACAGCCAGGAUGGUUUGUGCAGGCUACCCUGAAGGUGGAGUGGACACCUGCCAGGGGGACUCUGGGGGUCCGCUUAUGUGUGAAGAGGAUGACUAUUGGUUGCUGGCAGGCGUGGCGUCUUUUGGGGUAGGGUGUGGCCGCCCCCAACGGCCUGGUGUUUAUGCCCUGGUGUCCCAGUUCAUUGACUGGAUCAUCCAGAUAAGGCGUUUUUCGUGACGCCGGAUGUCUUGGGACUUGGGAAGAAAGCCGAAUCCUGGGCUGUCUCGUCGGACUUGAGCAUUCAAUCCUUCAAUUAGCUUAAUCGGAUUCAAUUAACUUAAUCGGGAGUGUCAGUGUGAUGAGUUGAAAUAAUCUCUUCAAUGUAAGUGCUGGGUUCCACAUGAUAGCAGUGCUUUGCAACCUCCCUUGAUUACCGUGGCCCGAAAUUAUUGUAAAGUUUGUGUGGGAAUGUAUGUUUUUUAUAUUGAAAAUACAACCAAAACAAAGUCUAUUUAUCAUGGAAGAAAAGCAAUUUGUGUGUCAUUAACAAAAGAUGCAAAAGUUGUGAUUAAAUGACUUUGGAGAAUUCUACUUUACUUGCACCUUGUACAGUUUGAUAUAUUUCUGCUAGGAUACGGUUGAAGCAUAUAUGUGAAAAAUUCACUCGUAGGGUUGUUUGAGGUCAACUGUUUGUGGUCAAUU